AUUGACUACACUGACGAGCGCGGCAGAGGUUGUCGAUGAUGCAAGACAGAAUUUCUUCCCUCCACCAGUUGCAUCACCGCCUGGGACACCUACACCAGCACCUUUACGCCCAUCUACGCAGAACCGAAGCAAUCGUUCGUCGCGAUUGCCUAGACGAGUUCUCCCAGCUAAUCAGAUCUUUGCUGAUGACCCAGACCAUCUUCUGCCUAGUCCAACAAUGACAUCCUUUGUCACUUCUGGGUAUGACAUAUCUGUACAAGCCACUUCGAAUCCCGUCGACCAAGAGUUACCACUAGUUUACACACCUACGAAGAAGCGAAGGGCAACGGUGUCCGCGAGUUCCCCAGAAGCUUCUCUUGGCCAAUCAGGGUCCCCUUCUGAGCGCAAGGAGAAGAGCAGAUCCCAUGCUGAUCUUCUGCAGAUGCGUAUUACGCCCAUAUCAACGACAGAUGUAGCACUAGUCAGGCGGGUGUCGUCUCCCUUGUCUCCUUCCUCCUCGAGGUCCGCACCGUCGCCUCCGUUGGAUAGAAAUAUGUUCAUCGAUACCACUGCCCUAUCGAUGAAGUCUCUCGAUAGCGAGCAAGUCACUACACCGAGUCCUAUCAGCAAGUCUUUCGAUGAGUUGACCUCAUCGCCGUUACAUGUUGAACCAUAUCCUCCUCGUAAACCCAGCACUCAGAACAUCGCUGUUCCCGAUUCCCCAAAUCAGCGCCGACUGGAAGGCGUAUAUGAUCGUUUUCUCAUGGCCACGUCCGGCGUGAAACGUCUUGGUAAGGGCUACCAAUCGGACAAUGCGGGCCCCGUGCACAACACGGUUCAGGGCAUAACUCGCCCUAAAUCAUCUCGGCCAUUCGCUUCGAUUCGCCGUACCCCAAUGCCCCCGCCGGUUUCCAGUGAUGACGUGAGGCGGGCUGCAUCCGUCGAUGAACUAGGAUUUAUGUUAUAUGCUACCACUCCCGCUACGCCUUCGACUCCUGUGCUCAAAGACGAAAGUCAAAACACAGUUACAAAGAUGCGUCGCGCCAUCAAAGCUUUCGUUCCUGGGAAAUCGGUCUCCCGACGAUUAACACGCCAUCAUGCAUAAUUGAUUCAUUUCUUUUGACUCUACUAUAUCCCAUUUUGCUCCAUCUCUCGCCUCAUCUGACAACAUCUGUAACCCUCUCUUGAUUCCGGCGUUCUUAACAUUGCUAUCUAUCUGUUAUGCUAUCGAGCUAUCUAUUCAUUUACAACGCUCCUUUUAUUACGCGUUCAUGGGUUUUACGAUCACGCUCUUCGACGAAUUCAUGCUCUAAUGCUUUCUUGUUCAUGUUACAAAUUAUUGAUGCAAUGUUUUGUAAAGACUUAGGUGGUGGUCCGUGU